CCCUCCUCCUCCUCUCCCCGUGCUGCUCCCAGGAUGCGCGGGGCCGUCCCCGGGCUCAGCCUGGCGCUGCUGGCGGCGGAGAGCGGCGCCCGGCUCUGUGCCAUCAUCCACUACUUUGUCCGUGGGCAGCUGGGCUGGUUCGGGCUGACCAUCGCCUGCCUGGUGCCCGGCUACGCCGCCCAGCUCCUCAGCAUCCUCUGGUUCCGGGCAGACGGACGCCCGCCCGGCUGCUGGCUCCUGGCUCUGCACCUCCUGCAGCUGGGCCUGUGGAAGCGGUACUGGGAUGUCGUGUGGGCGGCGGCAGAGAAGGGCGGCGGUGCCGGGGAGGCGCUGGCUCAGCUCGGGGAUGUUUGCGUGCUGCGGCUCCUGGAGGCCCUGCUGCAGACCCUGCCUCACCUCCUGCUCCAAGCCUACGUGGUGGUGGCCGUGGAGCCAGCAGGGCUGAUCCCUGGUGUCAGCGCAGGGCUGUCCCUGCUGUCCCUGGCCUGGGCUUUGGUGUCCUACAGCCACUUCACCUGCCUGCUGAAGCCUGGCCACCUGAGCCCUCCAGCCGCCGUCAUCCUGUGCCUGCUGCUCUGGAGGACAGGCAUGCUGGGCACCCGGGUGCUGGCCCUGGUGCUCUUUGCAAGGCUCUAUUCCUUUUGGGUUUUUGCUGUGGCAGGURUCCACUGGCUGGUCAUGUCCUUCUGGCUGGUAGCCCAGCAGACGGAUAUUGUGGCCCAGCCGUGCCGCUGGAGGCUCUUCAAYUGCCUGCUGGGAGCUGUGUACAUCUUCUGCUACAUCAAUGUCCGGCCCGGCCCCUCCAAGAGCAGGGUGGCCGUGUUUUACUCAAUAAUGCUGAUGGAGAACACKCUCCUGCUGCUGUUGGGCACCCGGUUCCUGCAGGCAGAGCUGAGGAACAGCCUGAUGGUGACUGGGGCUGUCAUGUCGGGGUCUGUGAUAGGUGCUGUAGCUCUGGUGGUUUACUACAGCCUGCUCCAUCCCAAAUCCACAGAGAUCUGGCAGGGAUUCCUGGAGUCAACCUGCGGUGCUGUAGCAGGUGGGGACGAGGAGGUGUCUGGAGAGAGCUCCCAAGCUGGGCAGAGUUCAGGGACUUUGGAAGAUGAAGCAUCCUUGGUGGAGGAAGGGACCAAGACAGAUCCCAAAAAUGAGACCAGCUCAUCGUUCCUGCAGUCCAAAGGGUGUUUGGAGGACAGCUGGACUGACCAUCACCACUGGCUGCUGGUGAAGCUGGCCAUGAAGACGGGAGAUCUGUCUGUGAUCAACGCAGCUUUUGGAGAUGGUGGCUUGGGAGAGGCUUUUCCUGGAGGAUGGAUGGGGACAAAACCCCCUGGGGUUGAGCCCGGGGCAAACUUUUCCCUCCCCGGGGCAAACUUUUCUCUCCCCAUGAGGGACAUCCGUCCAUCUGGAUUGACAGUAGAGAACGGAGGGGGUGUCAAACCCAGCGCUGGAGCUGUGGGGGUGGCUCAGGAGGAUGGAGCAGGGCAGGAGCCUGAUCUCCCCCCSUCCACAUCCCAUCACAGCGGCUUCUCCCCAGACUCGACCGAGAGCUCCUCUGUGUAUUUCAGCGCGAGCGCAGGAGGCAUCACCUCGCCUGGGACAGGGACAAACAUGGCCCUGGUGCAAAGGGACAGCGAAGCACAGCCUCCCUCAGGCUGCCUGGGAGAAGGAGGAGGAGGAGGAAGAGGAGGAGGAAAGGAUUUAUCCCUUGGGAUGGCCAGCAUCAGCCCAAUCCUGGGCUCUUGUGCCCACAAGUGUCUGCAGAGAAGCUCUUCCGUCGGCACCACAGACAGCUGUGGGGUGGCAGGUCCCCCCAAAGARGGGACAGAASCCACAGGGACAGAGRGUGCCCUCGUGGGGUGCCAUCACCUUUGGGACACRCACCCCUGUGGCCCGCAGGAGACUGUUGUGAGGAGGAAGCUGAGGUCACCGUGCUUCACCUCCACCCCCAAGGCYGGUGCUAAAAUCCCCCAGCGAGGACUGGGGGAGCUGGCACAGGGGACAGACCUGUCUGGCUACCAGGGUGACCCUGGAAAUGGCUGAACUGUCACCUUGGGUCAGCCUUGGAGGGCCUGUCUCAUCAACAGGGUGUGGCAGGGAUGAAGAUUGUCCCCCCACAGGGGCUGAUGUGCUCCUCCAUCACUGGGGUGUCACCUGCCCUCUCAGCACAUCUUCUCCCUGCAGUUUUGAACAACUUCAAGAAGCCUUAAAACACCCUAAAAGUGCAGGGCUGGUUAUUUAUUGAGCUUAUUUAUGUCACAGUCCUGCCAGGCAGCUGGAGCAUUCUGCCUUUGGUGUGACAAUGACUUGAAGUGUGUCCUUUAACCAGUGGCUUGUCCCAGGGUGGAGCUCUGGUUGCUGUCUCCAGGGGCUGCAGUGCUGCCCAAAGCAGCUUUCUCAGGAYGAAUAAGUGCCUCAACCAGAAAAAUGAUGAGUUUUACUCUUUAAUAUCCUUCCUCCUGGGCAGAGUAAACCCUCAAGUAAGGCUCAGCAGUGCUUGAUUUAUUUUUCCCCACCAGGUUUAUGUGAGACCUUUUCCACAUCCAUUUUUGGGGGUCACAAAGGAUUGCAGRUCCUCUUUGUGCUGCAGAUCAGAACCUCAGGACAUGGAAUUACAGCCAAAAGCCACGUCCUGCCACUUGCCUGCUGUCCUGCUUCCUCAAGUGGCCUUUUCUCUGCAGCCUCCUCCUUGUCCCCUCUCAGCUGSAGAUCACAGCACCCCAGAAUUAUUUGGGUUGGAAUGGAACUUUAAGCUCACCCAGGUCCAACCCCUCYGUGGGCAGGGASAACUUCCACUAUCCCAGGUGACCACAUUAUGAUCCACCUGGAUGCUCCCUCCUAAACUCAGCCUCAAGCCAAAUCUCAGACCAGUUCCUACUGCCACCAUAAUAAAAUCCCUGGUGCAGGAAGGGUUUGUUAUUUCAAGAACUAAAAGCAUCACUGUUGUGGUCUCACAAACAUCCAGUGCUUCCCACUGGGCUGGCUGGRCAUGGAUUUGUGCCCAGGACACAGACUGGUGCCCAGGACAUGGCCUGACAUGUUAAUUGAGAUGUGAGCAGCUGGAUUCAYCACUGAGCUCGUGGGUGCCAKCUGGAGCACAUCUGGCUGUGCCCUCCAGCUGCUGCUCCACUGAGUGGGGUUCUGCUGCUGCCACGGGACAGGAAAAGGAGCAGGAAGGACACCUGUGAUGAAUUAUUUAAAAAAGCUUCCACAAUGCAUUCCCUGCUCAGGGCUGACCCAGCCAGAUGUUUCCUCAGGGCACUCAAAACCCAGUUGGUGCYGGGUAUGGAGUGAAGCCACAUUCCAGUGUGGUGAAGGCUGCCUGUCUCCAUCUGGACCCCAGCCCUCCGUGCUGUGGCUGGGAUCUGCAGGCAGGAGCAGCUCCAGAGGCUUUUCCAGAGUCAUUCUCACUCUGGAUCAUACAGAAGGGAGCAUUAACAGGAAUUUUUACCUGGCUUGGUUUUCUACUUUUGAUAAUAUAUCAUUAUGCUUUGAAAGAACCCAACCAGUCUUUGCUGUGUCUCUGUCUCAUGUUGGGGGUGAAAGUAAGUGUGGACUGGUCUCUGUUCCCACUUUUUGCUCCUACAGCUCCUGCAGGAUGAGUCUGUCAGGAUUUCCAGUGGGAGGGUGAAAAGGGACCUGAGCAACAGGAUCUGAGGGAACGGCCUGAAAAUGUGUCAGGGAAGGUUUAGGCUGGAUAUUACAAAAGGAUUCAACCAGCAUGAAACUGUCCCAUGGGCCAGUCAGAAAAGAAAUAGAAUCUUGAGAAAAUAAAGAAUGCUUGUGU